AUGGAUCUUCUGUGCUGCGAGACGACCGAGACCGAAUGCCGGGCUUACGCGGAUCCGGCCCUCCUCGGCGACGACCGGGUUCUGCAGAAUCUCCUGCAGACCGAGGAACGCUACGCGCCCAGUAGCUCCUACUUCGAGUGCGUGCAGAGGGACAUCUCGCCGCUCAUGCGCAAGAUCGUCGCGGAAUGGAUGUUAGAGGUAUGCGAGGAGCAAAAGUGCCAGGACGAGGUCUUUCCGCUGUCGAUGAACUAUGUCGACAGAUUCCUGUCGAUCUGUCCGAUCAGAAAGUCGCAGUUGCAGCUACUCGGCACCGCCUGUCUCCUACUGGCGUCAAAGCUACGCGAGACGUCACCGCUUACGGCCGAAGUUCUGGUUUUCUAUACCGAUAAUUCCAUCACUUUCGACGAUCUAUGGAGGUGGGAGCAGCUGGUUGUCUCUAAGCUAAAAUGGGAACUGUCCGCGGUAACACCCGGCGAUUUUUUGAUGCACAUCCUCAAUAGAUUGCCAAUGCCGCGCACUUGGGACACCGUGAUGGUCCGGAGGCACGCGCAGACCUUCAUUGCUCUCAGCGCUCGAGAAUACAAGUUCUCCAUGUACACGCCGAGCAUGAUAGCGGCGGCGAGCGUCGCGGCGGCGUUACACGGACUGGACUGGACCGGGAAAAGCGGCUACGGGCUAGCCGGUCUUCUGGACGAGCUCACUCGCAUCACGGCUAUCGAACAGGAUUAUCUGCAAGGCUGCCUAGAGCAGAUAGAGGAGAUGAUCUCGCAGGCCGCCCACGUGAGCACCGAUAGCCCCGGUAGCGGAAGCGGACAUCAGACAAUGAGUACCAGUGUCACGAGCGCGUCGCAGAGGCCGCUGGGGGACCAAAACAAUACGAGUCAGGAGAAAAUACUGGAGCACGAGAAAGCGGGCACGCCGACCGACGUCAGGGACGUACAUUUUUGAAAACCGCAGUAGGGGGACACUCCGUAGGGGCUGACACACCGGUGAGUCUCACAGCCGAGGAGGAGAAAUUGCCCUCCAGCGAGGAGGACGACGACGAUGAUGGACAGCCGGCAAAGAAACGGAAAAUGAUUCUGGAAGAGCAACAGGACACGCCGGAAGAGAAACGUGAUGUGGAAGUAGCUGAUUGUCCUUCGAAGCGAAAAACUCCUCCCGAAGAAUCUCGAGAUUGAACCUGAUCGAUCGCUAAUCGCGCGUUUGAUUGAAAACUGGGCCAUGAAUUAUUAUUAUUACAAACCAAAAACAGGUAGGACGCAAUUUGAAGCAUGUAGGAUGCAUUUUGAAUUAAUAUGAAGUUUAUUUCGAUAUGUGAUUGACGGGACGUACUUAUGUAAGAGAGAAUUUUUAUGUUUCUUGGAUUUAUAUAUAUUUUGCGAGAUGUAGAUAUGUGCGUACAAUAUGUCCUAAAUGGACUAAAGAAAAAUUUUUAUUUUCUCAUAGUUAUUCAAAUAGACUGCAGUAGUCCACUCCAACGAAUAUAUCAAUUAUGAUACAUUUAUUUGACAUAUGCGUUCAUCAUCGUUGAUGUCAAAUUUUAAUAAUGCUUUAUUUUUCGAAAUCGCUUCAAGAUUCACGAACUGUGACAAAGAACAUGGUUGGUUCAUGGGUUUUAAAUCGAAAAAACCGUGAAAUUGCGGAAGACAAACGAAAAUAAACAAAGAGGCGAAUGAUUAAAGAUAUAUAUGCUCGAGAUGAUGCGAAAAAUAUUUGAUGACCACCGGGCGAUCCAUUUGUGUCUGAAUUUGCACUAUUCUAACGUGUGUCGUCCGUAAAACAUGGAAGAAAAGAAUAUAGAAAUCAGAAAGGCGUGCUGUUUGGGGGAAGGCAAUGCAAUACGCUUUACGCAUUUGUAAUUUUGUAAUAGGAAUGUAUAUAUAUUCUUAACUAAGUUAUAUAUAUAUACAUAUAACUUAACUUUUAGGUGACGAGAUAAGAAAUUACCGAGAAACACGAAAAAUACGACAACGUAAAUAGGAGGGAACUUGUCCUCCGCGUGAGCAUUAAAAAGAAAAAAAAUUUCACUUAGUCAUAUCCAGAGUCAUUUAACGUUUUUGUACAUAUAUAGUAUGCGUACGAAUAAAUAUAUAUAUUAUAUCGAAAAAAUAUCUAUAUAUAUACAGAUAUGUAAACUGAUAAAAGAGAGAGAUAAAAAGGAUGCGGUAUCAAGGGUCGUACAAAAUGAAUGCACGAUAAAAAGGAAAAGUGAGAGAUAACAAUCAGUAAAAAAGAGAUAUAAGACCAUGUUGCCUACGACAUUAAAUCAAAUGUUUAAUACACACAAUGAAAUAAUAUCUAAGAGUUUAAAAAAAAAAGUGUGAUUUACUUAAAAGAAAUAUAGAAAUUGCUUGGCAGUCCAAAUCGCCCAAGAUUGCUUUAUUUCUUUUAAUUUCUACUACUUCUAUGAGAUUUAUCACUCGAAAGAUGACUAAAUACACAUAUAGAAUAAUACGUUCGAAUAUUUCAAGAAUGAAUACAUGCAGAUAUUUUUAAGACGCAAAGGUAUUCGUUUCUUCGUAAAGAUACUAAUAAACCGAACCGUGUCUGUGAUCUACAAUGCGACAUAGAAUGUUGUCUCUCGCAGUUUUUUAUCGCGCGAUAUGAUCCAGUUGUUUUUAAUUUUGUAAAGUUUCAUACUACGACUAAGGUUUAUCCAAAUGAUGAGCGAUGCGAGUCUUUAUAUAUUCGAAAGAUUAUGGCGCGACCGUUCGCUUAUCCCGCUCGGUUCCUAAGAAGGGUUGUGCCAAUCCCUUCCACCCCUCCCCCUCCCCGCGUGCGCGUAAUGUAAUGCAAGCAUGAAAAGAGUGAUUCUCGCGAAGUGUAUGCGUGUACAGUUUAUUAUAGUCCAUGUGUGCGAAAGAGAUGAGAGUGAAGAUAAACAAAAGAGAAAGAAAGCGUUGGGAGAAGAAGAAUCGAACGAAAAACCAAAAAAAAAAGAAGAGAAAAAUUGACUUUCCCCCUCCUUUCGAAUGUCGUCGAUAUAUAAUAAUACGCGAGAUAUUAUAUUAUAUACAAUAUCUCAAGGACGUUCACAUAGAUGACUGUAUAUAUGUGUAGGUAGAUAGACAGUACGAUUAAAUAAGAUAACGCGUAGUAAAUUUAAGGGAAAAAACAUAAAAGCGAAGUGAAAAUACAACGAAUGGAAAAUAUUAAACGAUAUAUCGAGAAACGAGAGAACACGGUUUGAUGAUGAUCGUGUUUCGGAAGAAUUUCGUACAAAAUCACAAUGAAAGAAAAUCGAAAUCUGAUCGAUAGUUCCUUCGCUACGUCAAAUACGUAUUGUCUAGAAGAGUACUUUCACAUCUUUCAAGUGCUGUUGUAAAAAGAUAAUCUCGCUCAGAUGAACUAAUGUUUAACUUUCGAGCGUGUCUUAUGCGGGAUUAUUGUUAUAUGAUAGAUGGUCCUGAUCAUGUCAACAUUUUCUGUGAUUCUAGAUAGUAUCCGUGGUGACGUGGCGAAGCCAACGAUCGUCAUACGCGUGAUCGUCGGACGGAACUGAUAUCCAAAAAAAAAAAAAAAAAAAAAAAAAAAAA